GAUCAGAACAUAUACAAACCGCCAGCUAUUGUCAUGAGCACUGCAGUUACACCAGUAAAUGCUAGUGCUCCAUUGGUGAUAAGCUGGGAGCCAGAAGCUCAAACUGAUCAAUUCUAUGUUUACUUACACUUCAUGGAAAUUCAAUUGUUGGCCACAAAUCAGACAAGAGAAUUCAACAUCAUGCAAAAUGGUAACUCAAGGUAUCCAAAUUUUUCUCCACGGUAUCAGCUUGUCACCACUUUAUAUAGCUCGUCAGGCACCAGUGGGAAAGAAAUUAUAUAUUCACUUGAAAAGACCAAAAAUUCAACCCUUCCUCCCAUCAUCAAUGCCAUUGAGAUUUACAGAGUAAUAGACCUCCCGCAAUUAGAUACAUUCCAAGAAGAUGAUGAUGCGAUUACCACCAUCAAGUCAGUUUAUAGGUUGACAAGGGAUUGGCAAGGUGAUCCAUGCGCCCCUGUAGCCUACUUGUGGCAUGGUCUGAAUUGUUCUUAUCCUAGAAAAGAGUCCCCUAGAAUCACAACUUUGAAUUUAUCUUCAAGUGGAUUGUCUGGAAAGAUAGACCCUUCAAUUUCAAAGCUCACCAUGUUGGAGAAGUUGGAUUUAUCAAACAAUAGCUUAAACGGUGAAAUUCCUAAUUUUCUGUCUCAAUUACAACACUUAAAGAUCUUAAUUUUGAACAGUAAUAACCUCUCUGGUUUAAUUCCCUCGGCACUUGUUGAAAAAUCUAAGGAAGGUUCCCUGUCACUAAGUGUGGACCAAAAUCCGUAUCUAUGUGAAUCUGAUCAAUGCAACGAGAAGAAAAAGAAGAAGAAGAACACUGUCACACCCAUAGUAGCAUCAGUUGGCGGGGUUGUAAUCCUUUUGGUGGUCGUGGCAGCAAUAUUGUGGACCCUUAAAAGGAGAAAAUCCAAAGCUUUGAUGGUAGAAAAGGAUCAAAGUCAGAUCUCACCACAAUACACCGAACAAGAUGAUUCAUUCCUGCAAUUCAAAAAACAAAUAUUUUCAUACUCUGAUAUCCUUAAAAUCACCAACAAUUUCAAUACAACACUUGGUAAAGGAGGAUUUGGAACAGUUUAUCUGGGCCAUAUUGAUGAGAUUCCAGUCGCAGUGAAAAUGCUUUCCCCGUCAUCUGGUCAUGGUUAUCAACAAUUUCAAGCAGAGGUAAUAGUUGACAAGGGAUUGGCAAGGUGA